AUGCCAGUCUUCCACACAAAAACGAUCGAGAACAUUCUCGAACCCGUUGCUCAACAGCUUCAUUAUGUGUUGGCAAUGGCCGAGAAGAAUGCGACAAGUGUGGAUGAAGUCCGCCAUCUUGGCACUUCGAUGCCGAAUCUUGAUAGAUUCGCCUCUCGAUCUGCUCUUGCUCUUUCUCGAGCAUCAAGUCGUCGUUCGAUUCCUGAAUACAUUACUCCAGAUACUGUCAGACACGUUGUUAAUGACGAUGAUUGUCCUGUGUGUCAGUUGAUGAUGCCACGUGGAAAAGAUGGAUGUGUCUCUCGACUGGUGAUUCUUCACGAAGAAGCAAACGAUGGAAACGCAAUGCCCGAUUUGACGGGACCAGUUGGAAUGGUCUCGAGAGCCGUCGGAAACUUGAUUCAGGUUGGAUAUGACACAUGUGAUCAUUCAGAUGACCGUAUCCUCCAACAAGACAUGCCACCAGCACUUCAGAGAGUCGAAGGAUCAUCGAAACUUCUUGAAGAAAGCUCAUAUUCCUUGAAGCACGAUCCAUAUUCGGUACCUGCUCGCAAGAAGUUGAUCGAUGGAGCUCGUGGUAUUCUUCAAGGAACAUCAGCUCUUCUUCUCUGUUUUGAUGAGUCGGAAGUCAGAAAGAUCAUCAGAGUCUGCAGAAAAGCAAAUGACUACGUUGCAGUUUCCGAAGUCAUCGAGUCAAUGGCUGAUCUUCAACAGUUUGUGAAGGACAUCAGUCCGGUUCUUCACGAUGUCACCAAUGACGUUAACCUUCGUCAACAAGAACUCACUCAUCAAGUUCAUCGCGAAAUUCUCAUUCGUUGUAUGGACUCGAUUAAGGUCAUCGCCCCAAUUCUUAUUUGCUCCAUGAAAACAUCUAUCGAACUCGGAACCCCACAUCCACGUCAAGGACACGCCGAGGCUAUUGCUAACAGAAACUUCAUGAGCCAAAGAAUGACUGAAGAGAUGAAUGAAAUUAUUCGUGUUCUUCAACUUACCACCUAUGAUGAAGAUGAAUGGGAUGCAGAUAAUGUGACCGUUAUGAGAAAGGCUCUGUCUGCUGCCAAGUCACUUCUUACUGCUGCUCUUGAUUGGUUGGCUGAUCCACAUGCAAGAUCUGGAGCUGUCGGAGAGAAGGCUAUUCGUCGUAUCUGUGAAUAUGCUGACAGAAUCUCUGCUCGUGCUCUUCCAGAGGAUGCUCAAAGCAUCAAGAGAAGCAUCUUUGAGAUUACUUCUUUCACCGAUGAGCUUUGUAAUUUGAGAAAUAAUGGACAACCUGAUCGUGAGAAUUUGGCCGCACAAACUGCCAGAAGACUCAAGGAUCUUGUUGGAUCACAGAACAGCUCUGGAUUGAUGGGUGAUGCUCUUCAAAAUGCUCAAAGACACGGUGGAGCAAAUCCAGCUCACACAGCUGCUGGAAGAUUGGAACAAGCUUUGAGAUGGCUCGACAAUCCAGGACUCGAUGAUGGAGGUCUCGGACUUCAGGCUCUUCGCCUCCUUACCGCUGACGCUCGCAAAUUAGCUGAUCGUUUGAACCCACAAGACAGAAACCGACUACUCGGCCUUUGCUCUGAUAUUGAUCGAUUGGCUGCCCAGCUUGCUGAUCUUGAACGUCGUGGACUCGGAAACUCACCAGAAGCUCAUCAAAUCCGCAAUCAACUCAAGAAUGCACUCCGUGAUUUGGGAGACUUUAUGAGAAGAGUUCUUACCGACCGUGUUGUUGAUGAUUUCGCCGACAUCACGACGCCACUCAAACAAUUCGUGGAGGCCGUUCACGCCGACCCAUACGAUCCAAACCGUGAGCAGAACUUCGUCGAUAAGUCUCAACGUCUCACGGAUCACUCUCAAUCUAUGACCACCACUGCUCGUCUCGUUGCCUCUUGCGGACCAUCAAAGAGCAAGAAGACUGUUGAAGCAAUUCUUGAUACUGCUGAAAAGGUUGAACAGUUGACACCACAACUUGUUAAUGCCGGACGUGUUAGACUUCAUAAUCCAGGAUCUGAGCAACACUUUGAGAAUAUUCACAAACAAUACGCUGACGCUCUCCACCGUCUUCGUUCUCACGUCGACGACGCCAUUGACACCGGAGAGUUCGUUCGUGCUUCUGAAACAGCUAUGCGUCGUUACACCAACCACUGUGAGGGAGCAAUCAAUGGAGCUGAUGCGCAUGGAUUGGUCAAUAACAGUUCACAGAUUGCCCGUCUCGGAAACCGCGUUUUGAUGACAGCUCAGAAUGAGGCUGAUAAUUCAGAAGAACCAUCGUUUGUGUCUAGAGUCAGAAAUGCCGCAGAUCAAUUGCAUAAUGCCAUCCCACCAAUGGUGAACAAUGCCAAGCAAAUUGCACAGAACCCACAUGACCAAUAUGCUGCACAGAACUGGCGUGGAACUAAUGAUCAUUUGUUGAACAGUGUGAGAGCAGUUGGAGAUGCAAUUACAGGUGUACCAAUGAGCAAUGGAAGACAUUCAAGCUAUCAAGAGAGCAUUUCCCGAGCUUCACCUUACAAUCCACCACCACCAUCAUCCCAAGUGAUCCGAAGUGUCAAUGCCUCACCACCAACAGCUCCAAUCAUUCACAAUAAGAUGAUCAUCCGAGAAGAUAUUCCAGCUCCACCACGCCCACCACCACCAGUUGAACUUUCCCCACCACCACGUCCACCACCACCACCAGAGUAUGAUGAAGAGGAAGAGACACGUGCAUUCUGGGAGAGAUAUCCAUUACCACAGGCUUCACAUCAGCCAAUGCUUGCCGCUGCUCACAAUUUGCACAACGAACUGAAACAAUGGAGUUCACAGGAGAACGAUAUUGUGGCGGCUGCGAAGAGAAUGGCCAUUCUGAUGGCUAGACUAUCACAGUUGGUUAGAGGUGAAGGUGGAACUAAGAAAGAUCUCAUCAAUUGCUCCAAGGCAAUCGCAGAUUCUUCUGAAGAAGUUACCAGAUUGGCAGUUCAACUUGCCAGACUUUGCACAGAUAUCAAGAUGAGAACGGCACUCCUUCAAGUCUCAGAAAGAAUUCCAACGAUAGCUACACAAUUGAAGGUCUUGUCAACAGUCAAGGCGACAAUGCUCGGAUCAGCCAAUGUCAUCGGCCCAUACGGUCAACCAGUCGAGGGCAGCGAAGAAGAUGAUGAAGCAAUGCAACAAUUGGUGCAUAAUGCUCAAAACUUGAUGCAAUCUGUGAAGGAUGUUGUCCGUGCUGCUGAAGCCGCCUCUAUUAAAAUCCGUACCAACUCGGGACUUCGUCUCCGUUGGCUCCGAAAGCCAAUGUGGUCCAACUUCUAAAUCCCCGUUCAUUACCGAUUCUCUUUCUUCUCAAUCAAUGUUUUGCAUAUUUUAUGUAUUUUUCUACUGCUUUGCUAGUCAUUUAAAUUUUUUGCAUAAUAAUUUUUUUUCAUUCUUAAUAAUGUUACUUUUCAGUUUGAAAUUGCUCCAAAUCUUCCACUCUCCUUUCCCCAUGAAUCCCUCGAAAAAGUGCCUUUUGCAACAAAAAUACGUCUUUUCUACUCAUUUACUGUCUACUGAAACUGCCUUUCGCUGGAAUUAUUCUUAAAAACUCCCCAUAUUUCCAAUUUUUUCUUUCCAGUAGUUUUAUCAGUAAAUGGUCGUUUAAUGUUUUUCAAAAGAAAAAUUAUCGAAUUU